AUGUCAAAUUUCGAUACUAAUAAUGUAAAUUGUGCUGUUUAUCGAUCAAAUGAUUCCAUCAAUAAUUUUAAAAUUCGAGUUAAACUAGAACGCUUAACAUCUAAUGCAUUACUACCAAGUUUAGAAAGAUUAAAAUAUGAAAAAGAACUAUCUCGUUUACUUAAUACAGAUGGGAAACCAAUUGAGAAGCCAAAACCUAAGAGAACUGAAGUGGUACCAAUAUUAGAUCAAACACAUAAAUCAAAUUAUGAAGAAGUUGUCAUUAGUUGGCAACAAAAACUUUUCAAUCGUUAUGAAUUUGAAAAGUAUGGAAAAGAUAUGGAACCAUAUAAAACAGCACUUGAACAGAAAUAUCUUGAUGAGAUACAAAAAAUGAAAGCGAAAGAAAAACAACCUGGAAGAAUAUUUACAUAUGUUGAAAACGAUCCAUAUUGUCUCGAAAGAAGCCUUGAAUAUUUCAUGACUGAUUCAUCGAAUGAACAACCAAGUCAUUUAGCAUUAGGAAUUAAUACUAUUCAUCAACCACGUACAGUGCAGUUACGUUCAAAUGCAAGUAAUAAACAAGAUCUACCAAAAACGGAUCUUAUUAAACAAAAACCAACAUCUGAGGAUCUUCUUAUCAAUCAUUAUGGUUCUUUACCACGUCAGACUAUGUAUAUAAUGGCUGAUUUAAGUGAUACAACGAAUAUGGCUACAACCCAACUUGCUGUUUUUCCACAACCACCAAAUGAACAUGUUUUAUGUCGGAUAUAUUAUUCAAAUAAUACAAUUAUAUUAGAACCAGAUUUUAAUACUGAUAAAAUGGCUUAUAUUGUUGAAACAGGAAAUUUAAAUAAUGAAGUAUAUCAAUAUUAUUUAGAACACGUUUCCAUACCUAUUGAUUUACCUGAUCUUGUUAAAGAACGAAGAUUAUUUAAUGAAAUUUGUUUGAAACAACAAACAAAAAUAGCACAAAUUGUUGGAAAUGAAUUUGAUAUUCCACCACCAUCUGUUCUUAAGCUAAAUGUCUUUGGUGAAAUUGUUAGUGGAAAAAAUUUCGAAUAUGAUAACAUUUAUGUUUACUAUUCAGUAGAUUUAACUGAUAAUUGGUAUGUGGAAUCAUCUGCAAUUUUAUCAGGUUAUACGCAUACAGCAAGUACAACAAUGUCGAGUAAAUAUGAUGACAUUGUUUAUUAUUCGCAUCCAUUUGAAUUUGAAUUAUGGUAUAAACCACCACUUAAUACAGCUGAUCAUGAACUUCCUCGAAUGCCAAAAAUUUAUUUUCAAAUUUCUUCACACGAUUCAUGGGGUCGACAUCGAAUAGAAGGUUAUACAUAUUUCGAAAUACCAAAUCUUCCAGGAUUUUAUAAUGAACAUUUAUCAUGUUGGAGACCUCGUGGUGAUUCGAUAUUCAAUGAAGUUCGUCGGUUUUUUAUUGGAGGUUCACUUGAACUUGAAGAUCUAUCUUAUAUUGCUGUUCCAAAGUCAUUUGACAAUGAGAAAGAUAAUAGAUUAAUGAAUCGUUUUGGUUUUCGUACUGUUUCAACAGGAACAUUAAAUGUUCGAUUCAAUGUUGUUUUUCAAUCACAAAAUUUUGCAAUCAUAAAUCGAAAAAACCGGACUACUAAUGUCGUUAAUCGUUAUGGACUCGAUACAUUUAUAUCAAAUAUCAAUACUGUUCUUCGUGAGUACAUGCGUUUUUACUCUAAUUUAAGUUUAUCCGAUAAAGAAUUCGAAGAAGCAAAACAACGUGCAUAUGAAGUACGAGAAUUAACAGCUCACAUGCGUACAACUAAUACGAAUGCAUAUUAUGAAUGA